CUUCAUCUGAGCGAAUCACAAAGUGCUGGAAUCUACUGCCUUUGUCUGAUACACUCAUCCGCGGUGGCGAAAGGGGGUCCGCGUAAAGGAGGGGGCUGGAGCUUUUUACAAACCAGCGCGAGCGAGCCGAGUCCUUCAGUCCCGGGCCGAGCGCGCGUGCGAACGCAUCGUGGCGGUGUUGUUGUUGUUGUUGUUUGGAAAGCAGGAAACCCGCAGUCUCCGAUGGUUCCUCUAUCUGUCAUCCACGCGCAGAACCCGAACCCGGCAGCCCCGCGCCUGCUAACCGAGACCACCCGGAUAUAAGAGACACGAACGCGCGGAUGGAUGGGACGAACGCCGGAAAACGAGUUCUGGGGAAAGCAUGCGUGCUGAAAACAUUUAAGCAUUUAUUGCUUUGAGAGCACUUUGUUCUGACCUAGAACGCGCGGUCAUGUCCGACACCUGACAAAUCCUGCGUCCAUCUGCAACUUUCCGAAGUUCCCCUCUCCUCGGCUGGAUUCGCCUUGCGUCCUCUUCGUUUCUGUCGGUUGUUCUGCGCGUAAGAAAGACGAGACGGCGACUUCGGUUGAUUAUCUGUCUUUCCUCUGUUAUCCGAUGGAUAUUCACUGUAAGGCAGACCCCUUCUCCGCCAUGCACCUCUCCGGUAUAGGGCACGGGGGAGUGAACCAGCUGGGCGGGGUGUUCGUGAACGGAAGGCCUUUACCUGACGUCGUGCGCCAGAGAAUCGUAGAGCUCGCGCAUCAAGGGGUCCGACCCUGCGACAUCUCCAGACAGCUGAGGGUCAGUCACGGCUGCGUCAGCAAGAUCCUGGGCAGAUAUUAUGAGACUGGCAGCAUCAAGCCUGGAGUCAUCGGAGGAUCCAAACCUAAGGUGGCCACGCCGAAGGUGGUGGAUAAAAUAGCGGACUACAAGCGCCAGAACCCGACCAUGUUCGCCUGGGAGAUCCGGGACAGGCUGCUGGCGGAGGGCAUCUGCGAUAACGACACCGUCCCCAGCGUCUCCUCCAUAAACAGGAUCAUUCGGACCAAGGUUCAGCAGCCGUUUCACCCCUCGCCAGAUGGGACGUCUCUUUCCACCCCGGGACACACUAUAGUCCCCAGUACAGCAUCUCCUCCAGUCUCCAGCUCCUCCAAUGACCCCGUGGGCUCCUACUCAAUCAACGGCAUUCUGGGAAUCCCUCGCUCGAACGGAGAAAAGAGGAAAAGAGAUGCUGACGGUUCUGAGGGUUCGGCGCAGAGCAGUGAUUCUCAGGGCAGCGUGGAGAGCCUGAGGAAACACCUGCGAGCCGAUGCCUUCACCCAGCAGCAGUUAGAGGCCCUGGACCGAGUGUUCGAGAGGCCGGCAUUCCCAGACGUCUUUCCCACUUCUGAACACAUCAAACCUGAGCAGGCGAGUGAAUACAGCCUCCCUGCUCUAAACACAGGCCUGGAUGAAGUCAAACCCAGUUUAUCCUCCGGCACGACCUCUGACCUCGGCGCCAGCGUGUCACAGAGCUACCCUGUAGGUCGGGAUAUGGCCAACACAACUUUACCCGGAUAUCCACCUCACGUCCCACCCACCGGGCAGGGCAGCUACCCAACAUCCACACUGGCUGGAAUGGUUCCUGGGAGCGAAUUUUCAGGGAAUCCCUACAGCCAUCCACAGUACACAACUUACAAUGAAGCCUGGAGAUUCAGCAACCCAGCAAUACUGAGUUCCCCCUAUUAUUAUAGUGCAUCCCGAGGCUCCGCCCCCCCAACUGCUGCCACUGCCUAUGACCGCCACUAGUUACCACGGAAACCAAAUUAGGCGGCACGCCCAUGGACUCGGACUUCAUAUUCUGCCAGUGUGAGCAGCGCAGCUGAUUGGACAUCAUGCGGUCACAUGAUGAAGAGACGGCCAAUCAGGAACAAAAACAUCUCAACGACAAUUCAGCCAUUCUCAUGAGUCCCAGCGGUCUCGACGAGGAAAAAAACGAUAAACGAACAAUAAAUGUAUAUCUCAAAGACUGAGGGUAAAUAUGAUUUUUAAAAUGGAAUUAACAUCCGCUUUUUUAAUACUUUUAUAUUUUGUCCUUUCAUUAAUAUUAUCCACCGGUAUUCAUACUUAAAGUGCUUCUAGCAUAUAUAUGUAUUGAUUUGUUUGGGUAGACACUGAAAUGAAUCGCAUCAACAGUUGGACUUUUAAACGAAAAUUGUUAAUAUGUAAAAGCAUUUGCAUUUCAGAUCGUACUUUUCAACGUCUAUCCAAAUGUACAAAAAUGUCUAGACUUUAUCUAUGAAUACCUACGAUAGGAACGAACACAUCUGGACGAGGAAAACCAUUCCAACGCAUGGACUGCACACACAAAAAAAAAAAACAAUGCAGAAAAACUCAAAACUUGACGCUCCACUCAUCACACGGCGAACUAUUACUCAACACAGUAUGUACUCAAACUCAGCAUGGAAAUACAAAGCAAACAGGUCUUCUCCACGCUCUCACAAUCUCUGGCACACUUCUGUGAGAAACAAUCAGAAACCAACAAGAAAGAGAAGAAACCGUACAAGAAAGUCAACCCUGGUCCUACCGAGACCAGAUCUGAUUAUAAGCGGAAGAUACAUUUUUGUAUGUUAUCUUUUUUUUUUUAUAUAAUGACAAAAAUAUCACGAAGAACUCCAGUAUGCAUGGAUUAUUUUCAUUCAUUAUGCAUUUUUAUGUGUUUAUCAUAGAUCAAAAAUCUUUUAGGGGGGAAUUCACUAAGAAUGUAUGAUUGAUUUAGCAAUUGAUUCGUACAAAACACUAUUUCAGAAACUGUUACUGCGAAUUCCAAAUUUUCAAAAUCAAAAAUUCCAAUUCCAGUUCCGCUUUCAAUUACAAUUUCACUUCAAAUUUCAAUUUCAUUUCCGAUUACAAUUAUAAUUCUGCUUCCAAUUCCAAUUACACUUCCAAUUAAAAUUCCAAUUACACUUCCAAUUACAAUUACAAUUCCACUUCAAAUUUCAAUUACAUUUCCAAUUACAAUUCUGCUUCCAAUUACAAUUAAAAUUCCAAUUACACUUCCAAUUACAAUUUCUAUUUCAAUUCCACUUCUGAUUCGACUUCAAAAUCCAAUUUUACUUCCAAUUUCAAUUUCACUUCCAAUUACAAUUACAAUUUCUAUUUCAAUUCCAUUUCAAUUUCGAAUUAAAAAAUGUAAAUUAAACAUUUCUGACCAGUCUUGCAGGACUAACUUUUAGGACUAGUCUAAGCGGUUUAUGCAGCCGACUACUGGUCAGCGAUAAGAAAUAGAGAUUGAGAAGCAGUGAAUUCCCCCUUCGGUGUUAUUGUUUGCACUAUGGGUUGUGUCUUGAGUGAAUAAACAGUGAACUUACUCGGUCGGAUUGGUCGCUCAGUGGCUUGCUCUGCAUUUUUGAAGCAUCUGAGAAAACCAACAUGUACUACUGACCAGAUGAAGCACUUAAACCUUCAGAUGUGUUUACAGAAUAGUUAGCAGCUGUUCAAUUAAUCAACAGAUGGGUUGGUCACUGGUUAUCGGCUUUAUGAUUUACUUUUCAGAACUCUGCUUUGGAAACGUCAAGCUGUUUCAGUUACGCAAAAAAACAAACAAAAAACACACUUUUGUUCGAUGCUUUACAACAAGUGCAAUUCUGCGAAUCAUUUUUCACGUACUGUACGCUCCAGUUUGAGUUAAUGUUCUGACAGACUACUUUAGUUUUCAUCGAAUACGUUACAGUUGAGAGAAUGUACUUGUAUCACAUUUGCCAAAGACUUUUUGUUGAUGUAUAUUUUUGAUUUACAGUCUUCUGUUGCAUUGUACAAACAGUAUUAUAGUGAAAACAUUUUCAAUAUAUGUACAAAUCCUAUGCAGAGCAAAGAAAAGCUGUUGUAUGCAUAAACUAUAAAACUACUGACAUGUUUGCUUUGUUCAUUAUUUAUGUUAUUUUGUGAAAUAAUAAUUUUUAAAAUAAUUUUGUGUGAAAUGUCAUUUCUGUACUGUAAAUACAUUCUGAUCAAAUCUG